AUAUGUCAUGGAGAAUUUCGCCAGAAAAUUCUGGCUUGAGCAUGGGUAGUUUCCCCUACUUUCAGUUAUAUCCACAAGCACCAAAUGAGGUGAGGAUUUGGCAGCUGUGUACUUAUCAUGUCAAGUUCCACGAUGAAACCUGAUGAUUAUGGUAAAAACCAAUACAGACCUCUGAGUAACUGGGGACUUGGCCUGCCUUGCCUACUGAGCUUGGGGCAGAUCGGAUGGAGAUGAGUUGGUUAUAUUCUAUGAAGUAAUAGCUCACCACCAGCCAGGGUUUAAACUACUUUUGCAGCAUCACUUCACCUGUGGACUCUUCUAAAUUUUGCUUCCUUGGGGGAAAAAAAAAAAACUGGGGUAAGAGAAGGUCAUUUUUAACAAGUUAGCAUCCUUCUCCCUCUUUGAUAAGUUGAUGCAAAGGAUAAGGCUGUGACUUCAUUGGAUUGCACCUUCAAGUCAAAAUAGAAGAGCAAGAAGAAAGGGACAAUGGCUUUAAGUGGAAACUGUAGUCGUUAUUAUCCUCGAGAACAGGGGGCUGCAGUUCCCAACUCCUUCCCUGAGGUCGUGGAGCUGAAUGUCGGGGGUCAAGUUUAUUUCACCCGCCAUUCCACGUUAAUAAGCAUCCCUCAUUCCCUCUUGUGGAAAAUGUUUUCCCCAAAGAGAGACACGGCUAAUGAUCUAGCCAAGGACUCCAAAGGAAGGUUUUUCAUUGACAGAGAUGGAUUCUUGUUCCGUUAUAUUCUGGACUAUCUCAGGGACAGGCAGGUGGUCCUGCCUGAUCACUUUCCAGAAAGGGGAAGACUGAAAAGGGAAGCUGAGUACUUCCAGCUCCCAGACUUGGUCAAACUCCUGACCCCUGAUGAAAUCAAGCAAAGCCCGGACGAAUUCUGCCACAGUGACUUUGAAGAUGCCUCUCAAGGAAGCGACACGAGAAUCUGCCCUCCUUCCUCAGUGCUCCCUGCGGACCGCAAAUGGGGCUUCAUUACCGUGGGCUACAGGGGGUCCUGCACCAUGGGCAGAGAGGGGCAGGCAGAUGCCAAGUUUCGGAGAGUUCCCCGGAUUUUGGUUUGCGGAAGGAUUUCCUUGGCAAAAGAGGUCUUUGGAGAAACUUUGAAUGAGAGCAGAGACCCUGACCGAGCCCCAGAAAGAUACACCUCCAGAUUUUAUCUCAAAUUCAAGCACCUGGAAAGGGCUUUUGAUAUGUUGUCGGAGUGUGGAUUCCACAUGGUGGCCUGUAACUCCUCAGUGACAGCAUCUUUUGUCAACCAGUAUACAGAUGACAAGAUCUGGUCAAGCUACACUGAAUAUGUCUUCUACCGUGAGCCUUCGAGGUGGUCACCCUCCCACUGCGACUGCUGCUGCAAGAACGCCGCAGGUGACAAAGACGGGGAGAGCGGCACGUCUUGCAACGACCUCUCCACGUCCAGCUGCGACAGCCAGUCUGAGGCCAGCUCUCCCCAGGAGACAGUCAUCUGUGGGCCCGUGACACGCCAGACCAACAUCCAGACUCUGGACCGUCCCAUCAAGAAGGGCCCCGUGCAGCUGGUCCAACAGUCCGAGAUGCGGCGGAAAAGCGAUCUGCUCCGGACUCUGACUUCAGGCUCCAGGGAGUCGAACAUGAGCAGCAAAAAAAAAGCUGUUAAGGAAAAGCUCUCAAUUGAGGAAGAGCUGGAGAAAUGCAUCCAGGAUUUCCUAAAGAUCAAAAUCCCAGACCGGUUCCCAGAGAGAAAACAUCCUUGGCAAUCUGAACUUUUACGGAAGUAUCAUCUAUAGGGGAGGGCCGGGGGUGGGAGAAGGAACGAGUCAUGUCGCCAUUUGGAAAUAAAGCUCCUAACAAAAUUCAUAUUUGAAAAGGAAAGUAACAACUAACAAUACAUUUGUUAGAACACAGUAGCCCAUUGAUAUACUACUGCCUAUUUACCUAGUUCACCUUAACAU